AGUAAAUAUCCGUGUAGGAAGUUAGAAAGAUCAUCUUAGGUUACCUUUAAAAUGCCAUCGGUAAAUCAGACUUUAUCCUAAUUUCCGGUCCUUCCUCAGGCCACCCGAGCAUGAAGUACUGUCACCUACCCGCGUUAACUUGCUGCAACACUGGUCCAAGUGGAUUGUGUCCAGUGCGUGCCUAGACCACCGCAGCGAUCUGUCUGGACCGCGUCCCUGGAGACGCCUGAGCGACAUGUCCAGGGCACAGAUCUCGGCUCUGGUGUUUGGCGUCGGGGGCUUUGGUGCUCUCGUCGCUGCCACCGCGUCCAAUGAGUGGAAAGUAACUACCCGAGCAUCCUCGGUGAUAACGGCCACUUGGGUUUACCAGGGUCUGUGGAUGAACUGCGCAGGUAACGCGUUGGGUACUUUCCAUUGCCGACCGCACUUUACUAUCUUCAAUGUAGAAGGUUAUAUCCAGGCAUGUAGAGGACUUAUGAUUGCUGCCGUCAGCCUGGGCUUUUUUGGUUCCAUAUUUGCCCUGUUUGGAAUGAAAUGUACCAAAGUCGGAGGCUCAGAUAAAGCCAAAGCUAAAAUUGCCUGUUUGGCUGGGAUUGUAUUCAUACUGUCAGGGCUAUGCUCAAUGACCGGCUGUUCCCUGUAUGCAAACAAAAUCACAACGGAGUUCUUUGAUCCCCUCUUCAUGGAGCAAAAGUAUGAAUUAGGAGCUGCUCUGUUUAUUGGAUGGGCAGGAGCCUCACUCUGCAUAAUUGGUGGUGUCAUAUUUUGCUUUUCAAUAUCUGACAACAGCAAAGCACCCAGAAUGGGAUACACAUACAACGGGGCCACAUCUAUCAUGUCUUCUCGGACAAAGUAUCACGGUGGAGAAGAUUUUAAAACCACAAACCCUUCAAAACAGUUUGAUAAAAACGCUUACGUCUAAAAAGAGCACUGCCCGCAAGCCAUGUCUUGAGCUUGUUUUAAACGUGAACUGUUCACAAAAUGCUGCCAUCAAGGCCCUCCUACAAUUAACACUCAAACUAUUUUUAAAAUACAAAUUUGAAGAACUUGUUGAUUAUCAGAUGUAAAUGUUCUCACAUAGUUACAUACUAAUCAUUUUCUGUUGUGGCUUUCUAUAAAAAAAAAAUAAACAGGCUAUUUACA